AUAUUUCACAUUCAACACACGGCAAAACCAGAAGUAGGAACUACACCAUGAAUACCCCAGUGCUGUGUGCGAUGAUGGUCCUAAUUUUACUGGAAGGAUCUGCAGGCCAUGGGCACAAGGAAGGCCGUUCGCUGGCGCAACCUCGAACAGACGGAGCAGCGGCCUGCGGUGAGAAUGAGAUCUACAGCUGUAGGGUCUGCUUUGAGCCGUCCUGCUAUCAAAUGCUCUACGACGACGAGCCCUGCCACGAGGGCUGUGUGAUGGCCUGCAACUGCAAGCUGGGCUUCAUACGCAAGAAGCUGGCAUGCGUGGUCAAGGACGCCUGCUGUGUGGGCAAUAUUUGUAAGACUAGGAAGGAGAUCGUCGUACGCGAGGCUUAUAUAAAUGGUGUCGAUCCCGACCGGAAGCUCUGGGCUGAGCCGCGAGAUAUAGUCGUUGAAGUUGCAAUCGAACAGGGUCUAGUGGCAUAAAUAGAAAUCGAUAUUUCCUUCCUGA